GCUCUCCCCCCACCUGCUGGACCCCAGGGUAAGGACCAGGAACCCCAGAUUCAGUUCCAAUCCUGAGGACAGGGGUCCCCUCGCCCCUACCCAAUUCGAUGCCCACCUCCCAAUCCAGGGGCUCCCAAGCACCCCAAACAUGACUGUCCGACUUCUUCCCAAGGACCGAGGACUCCAGCACACUCUCCCAUCAGACUUGGAGAUUGGGCCCCCGGGUUUCUCCAUGUUCAGACUCGGGAGUCCAGCCCCCAAAUUCUUGCUUCCCCUCUGCCCUCUCUUCCCUCAGACCCCAUGGGUUCCAAUCCCGGUUCCCUCUGAUCCGGGUCCAUCACACCCGGCCGCCUGGCUCCCGCACCCCUGCACCCCAGGCUCAGGUCUGGGGGUCCUCAGCCCUUCAAUUCCAGGAGUCCCCGUGGCACUGGUCAGACACUGACCCCAUCCUUGAACCCAGCCCAAUCUGCCUCCGUGAUCAUGGCAUGCUCUGGUCAGAGCCCAGUCCCCCCUGGAUGGACGCCUGGGACUGGGGGCGCCAGUGCUGGGCUGGGCUGGGCUCCCCCAGGCCCUGCCUUCCUGUUCAUCUCCCCACAGGUCCCACCCUGGCCCAGGAGGUCAGCCGGGGAAUCAUUAACAAGAGGCUGUGACAUGGCCGAGAAGGAGGGUGGCCGGACUGUGCCAUGCUGCUCCGGACCCAAGGUGGCAGCUCUCAUUGUGGGGACCCUCCUCCUCCUGACGGGCAUCGGGGCAGCGUCCUGGGCCAUCGCGACUCUUCUACUCAGGAGUGACCAGGAGCCGCUGUAUCCGGUGCAGGCCAGCCCUGUGGACGCCCGGCUCACGGUGUUUGACCAGACGGAGGGGACCUGGCGGCUGCUGUGCUCCUCGCGUUCCAACGCCAGGGUGGCAGGGCUCGGCUGCGAGGAGAUGGGCUUCCUCAGGGCCCUGGCCCACUCGGAGCUGGACGUGCGGACGGCAGGCGCCAAUGGCACGUCGGGCUUCUUCUGCGUGGACGAGGGCAGGCUGCCCCACGCCCGGAGGCUGCUGGACGUCAUCUCUGUGUGUGACUGUCCCCGGGGCCGGUUUUUGGCUACCAUGUGCCAAGACUGUGGCCGCAGGAAGCUGCCCGUGGACCGCAUUGUGGGAGGCCAGGACACCAGCCUGGGCAGGUGGCCCUGGCAAGUCAGUCUGCGCUAUGACGGUGCACACCUCUGUGGUGGGUCCCUGCUCUCCGGGGACUGGGUGUUGACAGCUGCCCACUGCUUCCCAGAGCGGAACCGGGUCCUGUCUCGAUGGCGGGUCUUUGCCGGUGCUGUGGCCCAGGCCUCGCCCCAGGGCAUGCAGCUGGGGGUGCAGGCCGUGGUCUACCACGGGGGCUACCUUCCUUUUCGAGACCCCAACAGUGAGGAGAACAGCAAUGAUAUCGCCCUGGUCCACCUGUCCAGCCCCCUGCCCCUCACAGAAUACAUCCAGCCCGUGUGUCUCCCGGCCGCUGACCAGGCCCUGGUGGACGGCAAGAUCUGCACUGUGACGGGCUGGGGCAACACGCAGUACUAUGGCCAGCAGGCCCGGGUGCUCCAGGAGGCCCGAGUGCCCAUCAUCAGCACGGAUGUCUGCAACGGCCCCGACUUCUACGGGAACCAGAUCAAGCCCAAGAUGUUCUGUGCCGGCUACCCCGAGGGUGGCAUCGACGCCUGCCAGGGUGACAGUGGUGGUCCCUUUGUGUGUGAGGACAGCAUCUCUCGGACGCCACGUUGGCGGCUCUGUGGCAUCGUGAGCUGGGGCACUGGCUGUGCCUUGGCCCAGAAGCCAGGUGUCUACACCAAAGUCAGUGACUUCCGGGAGUGGAUCUUCCAGGCCAUAAAGACUCACUCCGAAGCCAGCGGCAUGGUGACCCAGCUCUGACCUGUGGCGGCUCCUCGCAGCACACCUGUCCGGGGCCCGAGGUUGGGUGGCUUCAGCUCCACACGACAGGAUCCACGCUGAGCCCAGGAGGGAACACUCUUCCUCUUGAACCAGUCCACAGGCCCAGGGACGCCCUCCUCCAAGGUCCUGUCUUCCACAGUGGGGGGCUCACUCUGCCUCGGACCAUCCAAGCCUCACCCUCCCGACCCUUGUAAAUAUUGUUCUGCCCUCUGGGGGCUCCUGUCUGGAGGCCCCUGAGGACAGGAUGCUGUUUAAAUAAUAAAGAUGGUUUUGAUUAA